CAGACGCAGUGGGUGCAGUCUGCGCACAGGGGCCUGGCGUAGGAUCCCCCAAACAUAUCUAACACUCUUCAAAAAAGCCUCAAGACUCGCGGCGGAACAUCGCAGCUUCAGCCUCGCCGAUCCCGGCGAAAUAUCUUCCAGCCUGCGGAGCUGCAUGUCUAAUCUAUAGCCAUGUUCAGAUUUGUGGAUUCACGGACUGUCCUGCUACUUGUAGCGACACAAUGUAUUUUACUAACCGUUGUCAGAUGUCAGCAAGAAGAUGACCAGGAGGACUUAGGCGGCUGCAUCCAGGAUGGCCAGCAUUACGAAGACCGUGCAGUGUGGAAGCCAGAGGCGUGUCGUGUCUGUGUGUGUGAUUCGGGGUCUGUGCUGUGUGAUGAGGUCAUCUGCGAGGAUCUGAAGGAUUGCGCCAAUCCCAUCAUUCCAGACGGAGAGUGCUGCCCCAUCUGCCCUGCUGAUACCGACCAGCUUAGCGGUCCGCUUUCUCACAAGGGACAAAAAGGAGAACCUGGCGAAAUUUUAGAUGCUGUAGGACCAAGAGGACCACCUGGACCCAUGGGACCAUCUGGAGAGCAGGGAUCACGUGGAGAAAGAGGACCUAAGGGUGAGAAGGGAAUUGCAGGUCCAAGAGGAAGAGAUGGUGAGCCCGGCACUCCAGGUAACCCUGGACCCCCUGGACCUUCCGGACCACCAGGCCCAAGUGUCCCUGGACUUGGAGGAAACUUUGCUGCCCAGAUGGCUGGUGGUUUUGAUGAGAAAUCUGGAGGAGCUCAGAUGGGUGUGAUGCAGGGACCAAUGGGCCCCAUGGGUCCCCGUGGUCCUCCUGGCCCAAGUGGAGCACCUGGCCCACAAGGAUUCCAAGGCAGCUCUGGUGAGGCUGGCGAACCUGGACCUGCUGGCGCUAUGGGACCUCGCGGCCCACCUGGAUCACCUGGAAAAUCUGGAAGUGAUGGUGAGAAUGGUAAGCCUGGUAAGUCUGGUGACCGUGGAGCCCCUGGGCCUCAGGGAGCUCGUGGAUUCCCUGGAACUCCUGGACUUCCUGGCAUCAAGGGACACAGAGGACACCCAGGUCUUGAUGGCGCCAAGGGAGAGACUGGAGCUGCUGGAGCUAAGGGAGAGUCUGGUGCCUCUGGUGAGAAUGGCGCUCCUGGACCAAUGGGCCCUCGUGGUCUUCCUGGUGAGAGAGGACGCCCUGGACCUUCUGGAGCUGCUGGUGCCAGAGGUAAUGAUGGUCUUACUGGGCCUGCUGGUCCUCCUGGUCCUGUUGGUCCUGCUGGUGCUCCAGGUUUCCCAGGAUCUCCUGGUUCCAAGGGUGAGGCUGGACCUACUGGUGCUCGUGGUCCUGAGGGAGCCCAAGGAUCCCGUGGAGAAGGUGGUACUCCAGGAUCUCCUGGACCUGCUGGAGCUGCUGGUAACCCUGGUACUGAUGGUAUUCCUGGAGCCAAAGGAUCUGCUGGUGCCGCUGGUAUUGCUGGUGCCCCAGGUUUUCCAGGACCCCGUGGCCCACCUGGACCUCAGGGAGCUACCGGACCUCUAGGCCCCAAGGGUCAGAGUGGAGACCCUGGUAUUGCAGGAUUUAAGGGUGAUUCUGGACCUAAAGGAGAGCGUGGUGUUGCAGGACCUCAGGGUGUUCCAGGCCCAACUGGAGAGGAGGGUAAGAGAGGACCUAGAGGAGAACCUGGUGCUGCUGGCCCUCUUGGACCCCCUGGAGAGAGAGGUGCUCCUGGUAACCGUGGAUUCCCAGGUCAGGAUGGUCUUAUUGGUGCUAAGGGUGCACCUGGUGAUCGUGGUGUUCCAGGACUGUCUGGACCAAAAGGUGCUGGUGGAGAUCCUGGUCGUCCUGGCGAGCCUGGUCUUCCUGGAGCAAGAGGUCUCACUGGUCGCCCUGGAGAUUCUGGACCCCAAGGAAAAGUUGGCCCUACUGGUGCCCCUGGUGAGGAUGGUCGCCAUGGUCCCCCUGGGCCUCAGGGAGCUCGUGGACAGCCUGGUGUGAUGGGAUUCCCUGGACCUAAAGGAGCUAAUGGUGAGGGUGGCAAACCUGGAGAGAAAGGACUUGUUGGCAGCCCUGGUCUGAGAGGUUUGGCCGGUAAAGAUGGUGAGACUGGAACAGCUGGUCCUUCUGGCCCUGCUGGACCUGCUGGCGAGAGGGGUGAACAAGGACAACCUGGCCCAUCUGGCUUCCAGGGUCUGCCUGGACCUGCUGGAUCCCCAGGAGAGAGUGGCAAACCAGGUGACCAGGGUGUUCCCGGAGAGGGCGGUGCUCCUGGUGCAGCUGGACCCAGAGGUGAGCGUGGUUUCCCUGGUGAAAGAGGAAGUGCAGGUGCCCAGGGUCUUCAGGGCCCAAGAGGACUUCCUGGAACUCCUGGAACUGAUGGACCUAAGGGUGCGAUUGGCCCAGCUGGUGCUCUUGGUGCUCAGGGUCCUCCUGGACUGCAAGGUAUGCCUGGUGAGAGAGGAUCUGCUGGUAUCUCUGGACCCAAGGGAGACAGAGGUGACACUGGAGAGAAAGGACCUGAGGGUGCUCCUGGCAAAGAUGGCUCAAGAGGUUUGACUGGUCCUAUUGGUCCACCUGGUCCUUCUGGUCCCAAUGGAGCUAAGGGUGAAAAUGGUGCUAUUGGCCCAACUGGACCUGGUGGAGCUCGUGGUGCUCCUGGUGACCGUGGUGAGGUUGGACCUCCUGGCCCUGCUGGUUUUGCUGGACCCCCUGGUGCUGAUGGCCAGCCUGGAACUAAAGGAGAGCAGGGAGAGUCAGGUCAGAAAGGAGAUGCUGGAUCCCCUGGACCUCAAGGACCAUCUGGAGCACCUGGCCCAGUUGGCCCAACUGGUGUAACUGGACCUAAAGGAGCCCGUGGAGCACAGGGAGCCCCAGGUGCUACUGGUUUCCCAGGCGCUGCUGGAAGAGUUGGACCACCCGGCCCCAAUGGUAACCCUGGUUCUGCUGGUCCAGCUGGUCCUGCUGGCAAAGAUGGUCCUAAGGGUAUUCGUGGUGAUGCUGGUCCCCCAGGAAGACCUGGAGAUGCUGGCCUCCGUGGACCUGCUGGAUCCCCUGGAGAGAAGGGAGAGCCUGGAGAGGAUGGUCCCUCUGGUCCUGAUGGUCCUUCUGGUCCUGCUGGUCUUGCUGGUCAGCGUGGUAUUGUUGGUUUGCCUGGUCAGCGUGGUGAGAGAGGUUUCCCUGGUCUUCCCGGACCUGGUGGUGAGCCUGGUAAACAGGGUGCUUCAGGUGGUGCUGGUGACCGUGGACCCCCUGGACCUGUUGGACCCCCUGGAUUGACUGGACCAGCUGGGGAAACUGGACGUGAGGGUAAUCCUGGAUCUGAUGGUCCUCCUGGCAGAGAUGGUGCUGCUGGUGUGAAGGGUGAGCGUGGUAACACUGGUCCUAUUGGUGCUCCUGGUGCUCCAGGUACCCCUGGCUCUACUGGUCCCGCUGGUCCAGUUGGCAAACAGGGAGACAGAGGAGAGAAUGGACCCCAAGGACCUGCUGGAGCUCCUGGACCUGCUGGAGCUAGAGGCAUGGCUGGACCCCAAGGACCUCGUGGAGACAAGGGAGAGGCUGGUGAGGCUGGAGAGAGAGGACAGAAGGGACACAGAGGAUUUACUGGUCUGCAGGGUCUUCCUGGACCUCCUGGUUCUACUGGUGACCAGGGUGCUGCUGGACCUUCCGGACCUAGUGGACCCAAGGGACCUCCUGGACCCAGUGGGCCAUUUGGAAAGGAUGGAUCAAAUGGUAUGCCUGGACCCAUCGGACCCCCUGGACCUCGUGGACGCUCUGGAGAAUCUGGUUCAGCUGGACCUCCUGGAAACUCUGGACCCCCUGGUCCCCCUGGUCCUCCAGGCCCUGGCAUUGACAUGUCUGCCUUUGCUGGACUUGGUCAGACUGAGAAGGGCCCAGAUCCCCUGCGUUACAUGCGUGCCGAUGAGGCUUCCAGCAAUCUGAGACAGCAUGAUGUUGAAGUUGAUGCCACUCUGAAAUCCAUCAACAGCCAGAUUGAGGAUAUCCGCAGCCCUGAUGGCUCUCGCAAGAACCCUGCUCGCUCCUGCCGUGACCUGAAACUCUGCCACCCUGACUGGAAGAGCGGUGAGUACUGGGUGGACCCCAACCUUGGCUGCGCCGUUGAUGCCAUCAAGGUCUACUGCAACAUGGAGACUGGAGAGACAUGCGUUAAUCCCAGCACACGCAGCAUCCCACGCAAGAACUGGUGGAGCAGCAAGAGCAAGGGUCAGAAGCAUGUCUGGUUUGGAGAGAGCAUGAACGGUGGUUUCCAUUUCAGUUAUGGUGACAAGAGCCAGACUCCUCAUAUGGCUUCCAUUCAGAUGAAUUUCCUGAGACUGCUGUCUAGCGAUGCCUCUCAGAAAAUCACCUACCACUGCAAGAACAGCGUGGCUUACAUGGACGAAUCCACUGGUAACCUGAAGAAGGCACUUUUGCUACAGGGCUCCAACGAUGUUGAAAUCAGAGCCGAGGGCAACAGCCGAUUCACAUACAGUGUGCUGGAGGAUGGUUGUCAGAAACACACAGGCCAGUGGGGUAAGACUGUGAUUGAGUACAAAACUCAGAAGACAUCCAGGCUGCCCAUCGUGGACGUUGCUCCCAUGGACAUCGGUUCACCUAACCAAGAAUUUGGAGUAGACAUUGGACCAGUCUGCUUCUUGUAAAAAAACAAAAACAAAACGAUGUAAGACAUGAAAACGAUAAGCAAUAGCUCCAUCAAGAAGCAAUAACAUUCUCCAAAUAAUGAAAUACGGAAGUAAAGGAAACCAAAUUGAAAAUUGAUGAAGUUGUGUUGUUCGUGUUAGUGCCUAGGAGACCGGCACUAAGCAGCACUGGCCCGUAAGUCUCUCCCUCUGAAAUCCAGCCAUGUUUCCCUAAAAGCAAAGCGUUUCCUCCUAAUAGGAGCUGAGAUGAGGAAGAAACCAGUGUGCAAGACUAAACGAGUGCAUUAAAAAGAGCAGAAACAUGGCUAGAUGUCAUCACAUUCAGCAGGUGCGAGUGGUGCUUUAGAGCUGGGUACAUUUUUGCUGGAUACCAAAGAAGCCCCUCCUACCAAGAUCAUCUUGAACCACACCCAGUCCCACUCAGCCCCCCUUUGCUUCCUGACUGUGACUCAGUAAAAACAUCACAUUCUGCUAAAUAUUGUGAAAUGUUCAAACUGGGGAGGGUGGGAGUUACUAUUUACUGUGUAUAAUAAAGUAAAAUCUUGGUUUAGUUGUAAAGGUCUGUUCUGCAACAGCCAGAUUUAUAUAUUUUUCACAAUUAUAUGUGUUUGUCUAAGAGAGAGUGUGUAGCUAUGCACACCAACAUCUUCUGGAAAGUGCAGUUUUAUUUUAGUUUUUUUCAGUGUACUACGGUAUUCUCCCCUUGACUGCCCAUUUAGGAAGUGUUGUCCCUUUCCAAACUAGUAAAAUAAAUUUGGACCACAUUUCUGGUUUUGUUCAUUUCUAUUAUCUUUGUUUUAAGAGAAAAGCUACCUCACAAUGAAAAACCUAAGAUAAGUCAUCAUCAGUAGCUGGGGGAUCUAAGAGAGAAGGACAGGCCCUGGCUUGGUCCAGAACAGCUUCAGAAGGUGCUAUUAGUUUAAAUUUCAGUCAUUAUUCCCGGAGUCCCCAAAUCCUGUCUCAGCUAGCCUCACCCAAAUCAUACAGCCUGCUCUGACCCUGCAGAGUAACCAACAUGUUCAACGUAAAGGAGGGGCUUUUUUAAAGGAGCUGGAAACUCAGCUUUGAUAACACCGUGUGUCCGGAACAGGAUGUGUGCAUUAGUGUGAGGGUGUGUAUAUUUUUUUAUAAUUAAUAUUAUUAUGAAGAUUUUGUUUGUUUUCUUUUUUUCAUUCUGGUUUUGUUACAAUUUUAAUUAAUGUAAAUUGGAAAUAAAGGAUAAACAAGGAACCAUGAAA